AUGGGGAAACGUAUGAUUAAGUCACCAAGUGUGACCAAGCAAGAGAUUGCUAAUUAUUGGAAGCAGAGGCGCAUGGUGGAGGAAGAUCAUCUUUCUGCUGCUUUAAAGGCUGCAGCUCGUAAAAGGGCACAAAAUUUUUCAGAGCAUGAUUACCAGCAAUUUGAAUACUCCUUGAAGCAGAAUGAUGAGUAUGAGAAGGAGAACAACAAAGGAAUUGGUGACAAUGAAGAGAUGCGGGUGGGAAUCAAGGACUGGUGGAUGAAGAGCGAAUAUUCGUACCUAAACCAGCCAACCAUCAACUUGGUGGAUAAUCGUAGACGACGAUACUCCACUUAUACCCCCCAAAUCUUAUGUGACAAAUCUGAUCCCCGACUACGACAUACGGAAUUUACUUGA